UAAUUCAUCGCUCUCCUUCAUUCUUGCUUUACCCUCGUCGUUGGUUUCGCUUGCUUCUGCUACUCGACUGGUUAGCAACUCGAGAGAACCGACCAGUUUGCCUCGCCGGACCUUCAAGAUGAGUCUUCUAAGAAACGGAAUCCGAUCGGCCUUCGCUCUCCGAAGCUCCGCUUCAAGACUUGGAUCUCCCCCGUUUCUCCUUCAAUCUGCGAAUCAUUUCUCCACCGAAGCAGGACGGCCUCUUUCCCCGGCAUCAGCGCCGGCAAACCCAUCCGUGGAUCCGUUCCUUCAGAAUCCUGGCAUCGCAUACGGGAAAUUGUUCGGCAACACUAGGCAUACGCUGAAGACGGACAUUAUCAAUAUGCUAGAGGGCUGUGACUUGGGUCUUGAGGAUAUCAAAUUCAACUACACCCGUAGCUAUGGUCCUGUUGCAGUGCUAUUACAGUUUCCUUCCCGUCAAGCCUACGACAAUGCAUUUAAGGUCAUUGCGAAGAAGGGUCGUUUAUACAGGCUGCAAAUGGCUAACCGUUCUGAGUGGGAUCUUCAACAGCCUUUCUAUGGAAAAACUGUUCUGGUGCAAGGAGUUCCUCCAAAUGCACAACUAGACGAUAUCGAACGCUUUUUGUCAGGCUUUGAUUUUGACUCAUCUUCCAUCCAAUUUAUAAGGCAAGGGAUGCCACCAAAUUCCAUAAGAACUGCUGUAGUGAAGUUUGCGUCCCAGGUGCAAGCAAUGAAUGCAUUGAUUUCCAAAAAUGGAGCCUUUUGUCUCAACAAUCGAGUUGUGAUGCGAGUUAUUCAGUAACGUCCGUGUUGCCUUAGCCUCGGCUACUGCAUCUUCAGUCUUCAUGGUGCUUGGGAAAGGACACAUCGAAUGUUACUGGGAGUAGUUAGUGAAGAAUUUGACAGACUUCUUUCUUUCACGUUGUUAGACACUUAAAUGAUCGCCACUUCCUUUCGGCUAUCAAAUUUCUUGCACCACAGCUCAAGUUUAGGC